UGUUUGGUUGUAGCCUUUAGUGAUCCGCCGGGUAUGUUUGAAUCGAAAAUGAAAAGAACCGACUUGCGCUCUGAAGACAUUCGAUUGUUUCGUUCUGAGUUGAUAACAACUGAAACGCGUCUCCUUGGCAACCGCAGCUUCUGCGAUUUUGGCGUUGGUCGAUCACGUAACUCACCUAGCUUAGCUUAUCUUAUAACUUUGUGCCAGUUUUAAACUUUCUUUACGCUGGUUUGCGUCCUCCAGGCAUGGAUGUCUCGACGUAUUUAUGGUUUUUGUCGUUUUGCGCGUGUCUGGCGCACGGGAAACCCACUCUCAGGAGAGAAAGAGUCCUUCACGAGCCUGAACUGAGCAGACAAACCCACGAAGAUAACCAGAGCUAUCAGUUCGACCACGAGGCCUUUCUGGGCAAAGAGGAGGCCACCACAUUUGAUCAGCUCACCCCGGAGGAAAGCAAAGCCAGAUUAGGGGGAAUAGUUGAUCGUAUUGACAGCAAUGUUGAUGGAUAUAUUACCACUGAUGAACUCAAGGCCUGGAUCAAGAGAGUACAGAAACGUUACGUCUAUGAGAACGUUGCAAAGGUCUGGUCUGACUAUGACCUGAACAAAGACAACAAGAUCUCGUGGGAUGAAUAUAAGCAAGCAACUUACGGUUACUACCUCGCCAAUCCAGAAGAGUUUGAAGAUGCAACAGACCAGUUCAGCUUCAAGAAGAUGCUUCCGCGAGAUGAACGCAGGUUUAAAGCUGCUGAUCUCAAUGGUGAUUUAGCUGCAGAGCGAGAUGAGUUCAUGGCUUUCCUCCAUCCAGAAGAGUUUGAGCACAUGCAGGAAAUUGUGGUUCUUGAAACUCUGGAGGACAUUGACAAAAAUGGAGACGGUCAUGUAGAUGAGGACGAAUACAUUGCGGACAUGUUUGCUCAUGAAGAUGGCGGGCCAGAGCCAGACUGGGUUAGAACAGAGAGAGACCAGUUUUCAGAUUUCAGAGAUCUGAAUAAAGACGGGAAGAUGGAUUUAGAAGAGAUUCGUCACUGGAUCCUGCCGCAGGACUAUGACCACGCGCAGGCAGAGGCCCGGCAUCUGGUGUAUGAGUCAGACACAGACAAGGACCAGAUGCUGACCAAAGAAGAGAUUCUUGAGAACUGGAACAUGUUUGUGGGCAGCCAGGCCACCAACUAUGGCGAAGACCUUACCAGGAACCACGAUGAGCUAUGAGCCCAAGUGAAGGUGAGGAUCUCUACCUGAGAACGCAGGUAUCCUGGACUCAACCUCCAUGGCGUCCAUUCCAUCAGAAGCCAUGCCAGUGACUGACCAACUGACUGACGUAUUGCAGCUCUACCUCACAGAGUGGACAUCGAGGAAUCACUGACUGAUGGCUGUAGUCCCUAAUACACACUUAAAAAAAGGAUUUUCUCUUUCACACUCUGUGCUUUUUGUGGGUGGUCAAGGAACUCCUCUGUCCUGGUUGAAUGAGCUGCUACAGAUUUCUUCAGCUGAAGCUGAGCCUUUUAACUCAAACAUUUUUUUUUAGUUUUGUUUUUUGAAGCAAUCAUACGAUGAUGCCUGUACUUUUACAAGCUGUGCCGAUUUUUGUCUGGUGUCGAUUUAUUGGAACAAGCAUUCUAUUUAUUUAGAAUUUAAAUUCAAUUUAAAGCAUCAAAGCAUUUUGCAUUUAAAUUCAAAAUGCUUUGAUAGAUAACACUACGCUUUAACUACAGAAAACACUACAAAUCAGUGUUGAAAUGCAGUUCUACAGUACUCUAAACAUGUAAUUAUGUUGUACAUUAUCACAGCAUCCUUUAUGUUUUGACAAACUCUACAUGUUCUAAACACAGCUGCCUCUGA